AUGAUCUCCAUGCUGAAGCGACAAAGCGUGUUGGCCUCAGUUGGCCUUUUCCUAUUAAUUUUUAUUUCUAUUUUAUUUGUAUAUACUAGCGAGACCAAGUCAGAUACGCAUGUUGCUCAACAAAGUCAGCAACAAUCAACAUUUGUACCUGAGGUACCCAACUUUCAAGGAAACGGCAACAUUAUUAUGAGUGCGAUGGGCAAUGAGACUGAGAGGGCAGAGCUUGGAAGGGCAACUUGGAAGUUUUUGCAUACAAUGAUGGCAAGGUACCCAGAGAAGCCAAGUAAGGAGGAGAGAAAGUCCUUGCAUGAUUUCAUGAUGCUAUUCUCAACAUUAUAUCCCUGUGGUGAAUGUGCCAACCAUUUCAAUAAACUCAUUACGACAUAUCCACCGCAAACAUCGUCGAGGUUCUCAGCGUCUCAAUGGCUAUGCGCAAUGCACAACAAGGUGAAUGAGCGAUUAAAGAAACCUAUUUUCGAUUGCAACGGCAUUGAAUUGAAAUACCCCUGUGGCUGUGCUACUACUCCAUCCGAAAAUGAUUCAUCAUCAUCGCUAGCAUAA